AUGUACUUAUCAAAUCUUCUUGACAGUCUACUAUUUUGUGGAAGACAAGGGAUUGGUAUUAGAGGUCAUCGUGAGGAUGAAUCAUCAUUAAAUAAGGGCAAUUAUUUAGAAUUAUUAAACUUGAGAGCUAAAGAUAAUACCAUUAUAAAUCGUUUCUUUAUUGAAAAAGAGAAAACUUUUCGUUAUGUUAGUGUUCCUUACACCAAUAUGUUUCUCAAUUAUAUGGGAAAAAAUAUCAAGGACUCUAUUAUUAAUGAUAUUCAACAAGCCAUUAUUUUUAGCAUAAUUGUAGAUGAAACGCAAGAUCUUGCUAGACACGAACAAGUGUCAGUAUGUGUAAGAUAUGUUUCGAAAACAUUGGAACCUCAUGAAGUAUUUUUAGGAUUUUAUCGAACAGCAUCAACAGAUGGAGAGUCAUUAACUACUUUAAUAAAAGAAGUAAUCUUAUCAAAUGGUUUGAGUAUUAACAACAUAAGAGGCCAAUGUUAUGAUGGCGCUGCAUCAAUGCGUGGCUCUUACAGUGGGGUCCAGGCAAGAAUUCGUGAUGAAAAUAAACUAGCUGUAUACGUUCAUUGUUACGCUCAUAUUCUUAACCUAUGUCUUGUAGAUCUUUCUAAAGUAAUACCUCAUGUGAGAAACACAUUUGGUACUCUUCAAUCAUUGUAUUCAUUUAUAGGUGCUUCAUCAAAACGAUACAGUAUUUUUGUUCAAAUAAUGUUAGAAACAUCUUCUAAUGGAAAAAAUAAAUUAAAAUCCUUAAGUGACACACGGUGGAAUUGCCGCAUAGAAUCAAUAAAAGCAGUUAUUAAAACAUUGCCAGUUAUACUAAAAACAUUAGAAACAAUUUCAGAAAAUGACUCUUUACAUGGAUCAGAUGCUAUCAAUAUUAUGUCACAGAAAAUUAUUGAUGAAUUAAAUGAGUAUCGCUCUGAAAAUGCAUUUAAUGAAAUUUGGAAGGUCACGCAAGAGAUAGUCAAUAGUUAUGAUUUCCUAUCACCUAAGAUGCCUCGCAAAAGAAGUUUACCAGUUAAAAAAAUUGGUGGUGGUUCAAUUCAUCCAGAGUUUACAGAUGUCAAGGAUUUUUAUAGAAUAGAAAUGUAUUAUUUAAUUCUUGACACAAUCACACAAGCAAUAAAAGACAAGUUUAAUGAAAAUGAUUUAAAGAUUUUAAACUCAAUAAACAACAUUUUAGUUAAUGAGAAUCCUGAUUUAUCUGAUAUUCAGGAAGUUAGUGCAGUAUAUAGAUUUGAUGUAAAUGAAUUGAAGUCUGAAAUAAUUAUUUUCAAUAGAAUGUUUAUCAGUUUGAAAAAAGAAGUUAACUUUGAAAAUAAAUUAGCAUAUAUAAAAAAAGUUGAAGUUGGGAGUGAUUUCCCUAUAUUAGUAGAUGUAUUUAAAUUAUUUUUGACUAUACCAAUGAACAGUGCAUCGUGCGAAAGAAGCUUUUCGUGCUUAAGAAGAUUAAAAAAUUACUUAAGAACAACCAUGGGCCAAACAAGAUUAAGUGACUUAGGUUUAUUGUAUAUACAUAAAGAUAAAGAAGUAAAUAAAGAUGCAGUUAUCGACAAAUUUUGUGCUGACAACAAACGUCGAAUUAAUUUAAAAUAA